GAUACCAUGUUCUGUUGCAUUUCUCAUCUGUAGUCUCUCUGUGUGUGUUUUCUCUGCUACAGAAAAAACACCUUUCUUACUUGCCCCUCCACCCCACACCCCCACACCCACCCACCCCACCCCACCCCAGCUCACAAAAUUUUCAUCUACUGUUCCAUUACAAAAAUGGCUACUUCUCAUCAUCCAAUUCUUCAAGAAAAUCAUCAAUCAAGGCAAACACAAACAAUGAACACUUCUUCUACGACACGUAGAAGGUCUAGCAACAAUGCCCAGAAGAAAAAGAAACCACCACAAAGAGGCAUGGGUGUUGAACAGCUCGAACGCCUUCGAGUUCAAGAACAGUUAAAAAACAGUAACAUCCACAUUGGUGGUACUCAUCAUCAGUGUUUAUCUAGCAACAAUUUCCCAAAUUUUAGUUCUAGUGCUAGUGCUACUGUGGCUACUGGUGGUGUUGGUGUUGAUUCCGGAAUUUAUAGUAAUCCCAUUUUGAAUUCUUCACCAUUAUUUCAGUUUCCUAAAUCAAUUGUGAGUCCUAGUAAUGACUUUUUUGUUCAACAAAAAGUUGUUAAUACUGGGUUUAUUGGAUCUAGUGCUACUACUGUUCCUACUGGACCUUCUAUUGCUUUUGGAAAUCAGUCUCAAAUCGAUCUCUACAGAUUUGUAAAUCCCAACUCUAAUAAUGGGAAAUCGAAGGAAAUUCCACACUUGUUUAGUAACAACAACUCCUCAUGUUUCUCUGAUCGCUGCAGUUCAUGCAACAAGAAGAAGCGUGUGAUCAAUGGAGAUGAAAUGAACAUUUCUAUGGAAAACAUGAUCAGAGAAAAGGAAGUUUCUGGAACAAAGUCUUUCUUUCAGAACCCAUACUCUUUACCUAGUAGCCGUCUAGAAAAAGCUGUAGAGAUCGUGGCGAUCCACAGAAAGGGAAAUUCAUCGUUGUCAUCUGAUGAAGGAGUUGUAAUGGAGUAUGAUUUUUUUUCGGAGAAAAAUGGUAAUACUAACCAUACAAGUUGUUUAGGAAAGACGAUGAAGAUGAUGAGUGCUAAUAAUUCUCCAGAAAGUUCAUCAGUUGCAGCAGCAAUGGGAAAUAUUAAUGGUGAAUCUUCUUCUGUUACUACAAUAUCUUGGGCAACAGAUACACCUACCAGUUCUAUUGAUCUUUCACUUAAGCUUUCUUUUUAGGUUUUCACUAUAAAAUUAAUUACAAAAAAAAAAAAAAGGAGUUUUUUAGUAUAUGGUUUUAAUAUUUGUCUUUUCACAUUUGAGUGAAAAUUUAUCUGAUCAAGGAACCAAACACUACUUUAUAUUUACCUUUUUGGUUUUUUAUAUUAAUUAGCUAG